AUGGAGUCGCUGGCCGAGAUCUUCACGGCUGCGCACGUGAUACGGUUUAUUGUUGAGACCAUCACUGACCUGGCUUUGCUGCCGAGCCUGGAUGUGGUGAGCCGACGUGGUCGGCACUUUGAGUUUUUUAUCGGUGCCUUUCAGUUUCUGGCCUCGACCAUGUACAACAUGACAGAUGCCCUGGAGGUGCCCAUGUUCUUGACACCCCGCGACUGGCACCGCCUGACCAACGUCCUGACCAUCACCUACGGACUUCACCUGUGCAUUUUUCUCAUGGGGAACCGCAGCGAGGCCCGCGAUAACUUUCUUCGUUACCUGGCUUUCGCUCUUGUCUGGAUCGCCCAGAUCAAGGACGCCUACUGGAUGUUCCAGACCCAGUACACGGCUUAUGUUGUCGUCUUCUUUCUGGCUCUACCCAUGCUGAACAUGCUCUUGGGCAGCGGGCUGCCUGUGUACAACCGUCCAAAGGUUAUUCGUGGCUUCUUGGCUUUGAUGGUGGCCGGCGUCUGUUUCUACCUGGGCCUUGAUGAUGAAAACGAUGCCUUUCGACUCUUCCAUGGACUCUCGCAGGUGGUCGUGGGCGUGGCUUUAUUUUACUUGUGGCAGGCCGUACCAGAGGACCAUUAUAAGAAGCAUGAUACACCUCUGCCAAUGCAGUACCGGAGAUAUGAUUAA